GUGAUCCUUAAACGUGGAGGCAACUACCACUUCUUGUUCUUGUGUGUAUCUACCGGCUCCUCGUUUAUUGUUUUAUUUAUUCUAGAGGUCUCAAUACUCUUUCCUACCCUUUUAGUAUUAGAAAGACACAGCCGCUCGUCUUUUUAAUUGACAAAAAGAUAAUAAGUUGUUAAUGGUACUGGGGAUGAGCGCCCGUAAUAACGGCGAGACUCGCCGCAGUGACUCCCGUCGCUCAGCCGGUCAGCAGCAACAGUCCAGGAGGGAGAAACAACCAUCCACACCCUCCAAUGUAACACCUGCUGUCUCUUAUGACCAAAAGUUCAAACCACCUUCAGCGGAACAGGUAACGCUCGCUAAUAUGCUAGGGGACAGCACCCCGUCUAAUAUAACAGAGCUCAUUGGUCAGAUAUUGGCAGUCGUAAGAUUACCAGAGGAGAUGAUCAUGGUCGCUCUUCAUGACAAUGACUACGAUGUAGAGAAGUCUAUCGAAGCUUUGCUGGACAGUUCUAGCAAUACGCAUGAUGAAUGGACCACCAUGAGCAGCAAGAAGAAGAACAAGAAACUACCUGAGACAGAGUCGACAGAACCGAAAGGAAGGAAAGGUUUUCCAGAUCCUAAAACUGGAGCUGCAAAGCAUACAAGAGAAAGCUAUGGUGGGUCUGUGACAGUUGACUCUAAGGAAAAGCCCAGCUCACAACGAAAAGGUUUCAAAGAAGGAAAAUCUGAAGGAACUGAAGACAGCGGAAAGCAACGAAAUGGGAGAAAGGAGACAGAUGAGAGAGAGAGGGAGAGUGGCAACAGGCGGGACCACGAGAGAGAAGGAAAAUGGGAGAGCAGUAGGAGACGUGGGGACGAUGAAGGACGUAGAAGAAACGACGGAAGACGAGAGAACAACAAGCGAGAUGGAGAGGAGAAGGAAGGACGCUAUCGGAGGAGAGAGGGGGAUCAGGAUAAAGAGAGAGGAAAAUGGGAGAGCUCGAAAUGGGAUGGGAACAGAGAAGAGGGAAGAUACAGGAGGAGAGAGAGGGACUUUGACGGAGGGAAAAGGAGGAACGGAGAUGAGUCCAAUAAAUGGGAGAACAGGAGAGAAGACAGCAGCAGUCGAUGGCAUGAAGGAAAGAUGGAGAGAGAUGGCGGAAAGUGGGACCAGAAAAGAAGAUUUGAUCAAAGACCGAACUCAGAGAGGGAAGGAGGUUAUAGAAAAGGUGGGGACUACAGUAGUAGACGAGAGAACAAAGGGUUUCACGAGAAUCGCCACAGAGGAGGAGGGGGAGGGUUUUCGAAGAAAGGUGACUCGGGGAGAGGACCUAAACAGACCAAGGAGAUGUGGGGCAGUGAAGAACUCGUGAGCACAAAAAUAACAGAUCCAAUAAAUCCAGAGGAGUCCUUUAUGGUUGAUGAUUGGGUACUUGUUGAUUCAAUCCCAACUCCGCCCCCACCCGAAGUACCUAUUAGCAGCCAAACGAACCAGGAACAGUCCGUGUUCCCCGAGGCACUGGACACUCCAUUGAACAAUGAUACUCAUGAGGAAGCUCUAUUCAAUGAUAACAAGAGGUCAGAGUCGAGUCCAGCAGUGUUAGAGGACCAGUCUCAAAGAGGAGGUGGUGUUGCAGCUGCACUGAGUAAAACCAGACGAUACAAGACCCCACAGAUACCCUCCCAGCCAGUCGAGAUGCCCAGUUACACUGUUGACUCUCUCAAAAUUGAACUUGGUGCUCUCGGUAUUGAUUUCGUUGGUCCUGAGCCAACUCCCACUGCUACCACUGCUAGUGUUGCUUCUCCUUCGUCCCUCCUGCUCUCGUCCGGAGGCGGUGACCAAAUGUUUACUGACAUGAUCCCAUCUCCAUCGCAGCAAGUGGUCAGUUCGGACACGUCUUCAAUACUUACUUCCACUCACUAUACAUCAAGUUUUUCCGAUGAUACUGCCGUUAUUGCCAUAUCAACCGGAGGUCUCUCGACUGGUUUUAAUGAAACACCAAAACUGGAUCCACCUCCUGGACUAACUCAUCCUAGUCAGCACUCGAGUAACGUUCCUACAGCAACCAGUACCGUUCCCAUGGCACCCACUAACGUUCCCAUGGCACCCACUAGCGUUCCCAUGGCAACCGGUGGACUGUUACCCCCUCCUACUCAGCCGCAGCAUGAGUCUGCUCUUAGUAUGUCGGGAGGUCCUGCUAAACUUGAUGACCUGUUGACCGCUUCAACCAGUAAUAGCUAUACACUUGCCAUGAAUCCUGUAUCACUGGAAGCGUCUCAUAGCUUCUCUGCAUCUGUUGCCCAGACUCAGCCUCUCUUCACCACCCAGCACACAACCGUUGCCAUGGUUACUAACCCCGCCCCUUCCCAUCACGGUCACUCCAACACCUCAUCUGUGAUGUCAUCACUGAGCAACAAGCAGCAACCCUCCUCUCACAUUGGGGCUACAGGUAAAGGCCAUGCUAGCACUGGUAAUGUUCUCCCCAUGCCUCACCCUACCGCCCCCACUGGUAUGGUGUAUCCCCAUCAUAUGCUGACUCAGCCUUUCCCUUACGGGACUCCGCCCAUGAUGUUUUAUGGGCAGCAUCAGCCUAGCUCGGACAGUGCUCCUGUCCUAGCCACGGCCCCAGUCUCCCAGGGUCUCUCCAGGGAUCAUUCUGCUACGUCUUUCGGAGCUGAUUCCAAGUAUGACCUCACCUCUCCUGUUGGAGCUACCAACACUCAACAGCAGCAAAGUGCCCUUCAGAAUUUCUACAGUGCUCCACCUUACAUGUAUCUCUAUGCACCACCUCACCUUGGAAUGCCUGGAUACUCUGCACAGAUGAAUCAUAAAGCAGGUGGAGCCUCUCAGUAUCCAGCUGGUACUACAUAUCAGCAAACGCCACAGGGACAGUAUCUGUUGGACGACCUCUACACUGGAUCAAUGGCUAAGAAUAAUUCUGUUUCCUCCACCACAGGUGCUGCUAAUGACUUCAGCAGUUACACUAAGCACCAGCACCAGCAGUAUGACAACAAGGGGGCAGUGGCUGCUGGAUACAGUAGCUACGCUGGUAUGGGAGCCCCUCCCAUGGCUGGGUACAUGAUGCCAGCCCCUCCCCCCAUGAUGACCACACCCCAUGACACCUCUUCACGUCAGAAGCAUAAAAAUUUUAGCAGUGGUGGGUGGAGCACGCACACUUAGGACUCCGCCUACUUUGCAUAAACACAUUCAAGGGAGUACCCGUCUUGGGUAGUUAUUAUUAUUAUUAUUAUUAUUGUUGUUGUUGUUGUUGUUUAAGUUUGAGACUGUCAAUAGAUUGUUUAUGUAGAUAGAAAAGAAAGGAAAACACAAACAGAUUACUAACUAUUAAUAUGUUUAAUUAUUGUAGAAAUAUUAUUAUUAUUAUUAUUAAUGAGUGUUGCUGUUGUUUAGUAUAUAAUGAAUAAUAUUAAUCACAGUGUUUCAAUGAAUAACUAUUAUUUGGAAUAUUAA